ACCAAACCACAAUCCCGCAAGCGCAGCUGUCAGGUGCGCGUCACCCUGGACCACCGAUCACUCACCGCGCGAUCUGCUUACCGACAACCGAGAUGUUGCACUGUCCUACCUGACUUGUCUCAGCCGUUUCUCUGCUUCUGCACAGAGCGCGACAGUUCCGCUGCCUGCGAGCCGUGAGGAGCGAGUGGGUUAUCAUGAGUUGUCUGGAUGUUAUGUACCCGGCUUAUGGUCAUUACGCACCGUACGCACACAAAGCUUCAGCGUUCAUCAGCACUUUACCGGCACCCCUUGGUCUGAGAAGCCCCUCGUCUCGCUGUAGGGAACCGAUGGACAGCGUGGGGGCCCCGUGCUGCUCGGAGGGCGUCCCGGUUUCUGCCGGAAGCUCCAGCUCGGGGGGUCCGUCCCCAUCACAGUACCCUUCAGCCGGACAGGUAGAGGAGGCUGCGAAGGACAAAGAGGUCGGGGAGGCUGAAUACCUGAGCUCACGAUGCGUCCUCUUCACCUACUACCAAGGGGACAUUAGCAGCGUGGUGGACGAACACUUCUCUAGAGCUCUCAGCACCUACAUGGAGGCCGAGGGCAAAAAGAGGCACAGUGAUCCCAGCACAGAUGCUUCAUCCUCAAGCAGUCGGCGAAGUUUUCCCCCAUCAUUCUGGGACAGUAACUACCCCUCUCCUCCCAGUCGACCUCACUGUGAUCCCACAGGUGCUCCUACCUACGCUAUGGACCCCUACGCACAGGCCCUGCACCCGGGUCUGCCUCACUCACACGCUCACCCGCACCCAUCAGAAUCCUGGAGCUACUCUCAGAGCCAGCCUUAUCCUCCCCCACGCCCCCUUCACGAACUGUACUCCCCUCCUGGGCUGGAUGCCCACUACGGACCCCUACUGAUGCCUGCCGUCCGGCCGCCACAUCUCCCGACGUUGCCCGGGCAUUAUGAUGUGGGAAAACUGGAACCCACCGCAACAUGGCCAGGGCUGCUUCCGCCUGGGGAAGUGGCACAGAGCCUGGCUCUCAACAUGGAACCAGGUCUCCAGCACCACAAGAAAGGGAAGGAGCUCUACUGGUUUUAAUGAGAAGCCCUUCAUCGACCAUCCAAUUAAAGCCUGCAGUUUGGCCCAUUGUAGCUGAACUGUUGUUUCUUUAGCCCCCACGCACAGCGGCUCUCUUCACCAGCUCUGCACACGCUCUGAACACGCUCCAGGACUAUUUGUGUGCACCAUGGAGAUAUGAACAUAGGGUGAUGAGAGAACGCCUAAGGGAGGCAGGGGUGCUAGAUGACAUGGUCUUUCUGUUUUUUGAUCUGUUUUUCUCUUUUUGAUCUUUUAUAAAUUAAUUUAUUGUGGUGUAAAAAUCCAACUUGCCCUCUACGGCUCUCUGUUUGGACGGUGAGAUGUAAGAACAUUGCAUGGUGCGGUAUAUAGAUGAAAUGAUACAUUUUCUAAAGAUCUGGCUGUUUAUAUUGAUUGAAUAAGGAUGGCAGCAAUGUGUUUGUAUUGUUUCUUUGGAUUAUUUUAUCUUCUCAUGUACAGUAUUUUUAUUUAUAUAAAUAUAUAUAUACAGUAGUUUUUAUGUGUUUCAAUAAAUACACUUACGGCCAGUGCUGUUUUUUCUUUUUAUGGAAAACGUGCCAUGGUGUGAAACAGCUACAAUAAAUCAGAGACUCAAAGAAUUAAUAAACCAUACAUUAUCAUUAAAGAGUGAAAUAAAAUGAUGUGAUUUUCCAAGCUAAUGAACCACUGUAUAGAAAUGACAAGGCUCCAUAAAUGUUGCUAUAAGGGGAAAGUCAUUUUUGGUGUAUUUUUUAUGUGUGAGUCUGUUGAAUUAAAAAGGAACAGACCUGUUAUGUUAAGACUACAAAUGUAAGAAAUUGUUUGUAUUUCCAUAUUAAACUUGUAUUUAAAUA